AUGACGAGUCAUCAUAGGCCUGCCAACUACAAGUUUGGAUUAGGAUAUUACAACAACAACUCAAACAAGUCACGCAAGAAGUUGAAACCCAAUAAAGGAAAACUUCCUUCCAUAAGCUUUGUCAAGGUUACUUCAACUGACACUCAAGCAAGUCACGAUGCAGAUGAGUUAGUAGCUAAAAAGGAAUUAAAAUAUGUGGAACCAACCGACAAAUCACGGUGGCUUAGUCCUGGGAGAAGGAAAGGUAAACAAGUCAAAUUCUUGGAGGACUCAAAAAGGUAUUUGGACAGUGAAUGCUCAAUGCAUAUGAAUGGAAAUAGAAAACUUCUAACCAACAUCGUAAAUGAAUCUGGAUUUAGAAUCACAUUCGGCGAUAACUCCAAGGAUUAUGCAUGCUGUAAAGUGGAUAGGAAAAGCACCAUCAGAACAUGUCAAUUCCUUGGUGACCGUCUUAUCUCAUGGUAUAGCAAGAAACAGACCUCCAUUGCAACAUCAACGGUCGACGCGAAGUAUCUUGCCACUAGAAGUUGUUGUGCUAAGCUUCUGUGGAUCCAACAAAAGUUAAAAGGCUUCGGUAUCCAAGUUGAGGAAUCCCCAAUCUUUUGUGAUAACACUAACGCCAUUGCCAUAACAUAUAAUCCAGUGUUGCACUCAAUGACCAACCGAUCAUGCACCAUUUCAUCUGAGAUCAUGUGGUGCAAAUGA